GACAAGCGGCCCCAAGGAUUUCCGGAUUGUUGACGUGUUGUAGUUGUUUAUAAUGGCUGAUAGUAAAGUAGAAGUUCCAGCUGAUACAUCGAAUCUUAUCAAUAACAGCAAUAAUGCAACCGCACAGCCAAAUAAUCCGCUUUCGAGAAAACUCAAUAAAAUACUGGAAACGCGACUGGACAAUGACAAGGAGAUGCUGGAAGCUUUGAAAGCCCUGUCGGCCUUCUUCACCGAAAACAGCUUGCGCACGCGCAGAAACCUGCGAGGAGACAUAGAGAGGCGCAGCUUGGCCAUCAAUGAGGAAUUUGUCCGGAUUUUUAAAGAUGUCAAAGAGGAGUUGGAGAGUAUUCAUGAAGACAUCCACGCCAUGAGCACUUGCUGUGAGGAUAUGACAAACAGGCUGAAGGCAGCCAAGGAACAGACACAGGAUCUGAUUGUGAAAACAACUAAACUGCAAGGAGAGAACCACCGGUUGGAAAUCCGAGCUCAGGUUGCACAGGCCUUCCUGGCCAAAUUCCAGCUGACGGCAGAGGAGAUGAAUGUACUGAGGGGAUCCAGGGAUACCCCAGUCACCGAGGACUUCUUCAAGGCCUUGGGCCGAGUCAAGCAGAUUCACGAUGAUGUGAAAAUCCUCCUGAGGACUAACCAGCAGACAGCAGGGCUUGAGAUCAUGGAGCAGAUGGCUCUUCUUCAGGAGACGUCGUAUGAGCAGCUGUACCGGUGGGCUCAGAAUGAGUGCAGGGGGCUGACCCAGGAGACAUGUGACAUCACUCCAGUGCUGAGCCAGGCCAUGGAGGCCCUGCAGGACAGACCCGUCUUGUACAAGUACACACUGGAUGAAUUUGGAACAGCCAGGAGAUGUGCUGUCGUCCGUGGGUUCAUCGAUGCCCUGACCCGUGGUGGCGCAGGGGGAACACCUCGCCCCAUUGAAAUGCACUCUCAUGAUCCCAUGAGGUAUGUCGGAGAUAUGCUAGCCUGGUUACAUCAAGCCACUGCUUCAGAGAAAGAGCACCUGGAAGCGCUGUUAAAACUGGUGACUAUGCAAGGAAUAGAAGAGAGCAUGCAGGAGGUUGUGGGACACAUAACAGAGGGAGUCUGCAGACCCCUUAAGGUGCGGAUUGAACAGGUGAUAGUGGCUGAACCAGGGGCUGUUCUAUUGUAUAAGAUAUCCAAUCUCCUCAAGUUCUACCAUCAUACUAUUAGUGGCAUUGUGGGAACCAGUGCAGCGACUCUUCUCAUAACCAUUGAAGAGAUGCACAUCCUGAGCAAGAAAAUGUUCUUCAACAGCCUGAGCCUGCACGCCAGCAAGCUGAUGGAUAAGGUUGAAUUGCCUCCUCCUGACCUUGGGCCCACCAGCUCUCUCACCCAGACCCUGUCACUGCUGCGUGAGGUCCUAGCAUCCCACGAUUCCUCUGUUGUGCCACUAGAUGCCCGUCAAGCAGACUUUGCACAGGUGCUGUCCUGUAUCUUGGAUCCACUCUUGCAGCUCUGCACAGUGUCUGCGAGCAAUCUGGGCACCGCUGACAUGGCUACCUACAUGGUCAACUCGUUGUACAUGAUGAAGACCACACUGGCUCUCUUUGAGUUCACAGACAAGCGGCUGGAGAUGCUGGAGUUUCAGAUUGAAGCUCACUUGGAUACCUUGAUCAAUGAGCAGGCUUCCUAUGUUCUCACCAGAGCGGGUCUGAGCUACAUUUACAACUGUGUGCAGCAGCAUAAACCUGAGCAGGGACCUCUUGUGAACGUUCCCAGCAUGGACUGCUCUUCUCUGAAAGCCGCAAUGGCUCAGUUUGAUCGCUACCUGGCGUCUCCUGAUUCUUUGCUGAUGCCGCAACUGAAUUUUCUCCUCAGUGCAACACUAAAGGAGCAAAUAUUCAAGCAGUCCACAGAGCUGGUGUGCUGUGCCUACAGCGAGGUACACACCGCCAUCACCAACCCAGUAAACCAGUACAAGGAUCCCGAAACUGUUCUGCACAGAUCUCCACAGCAAGUACAGACCCUGCUUUCCUAACCUGACCAGACCCGUGCUGCACCUUCAGGAUAACAUGCACAAAUGCUGAAGAAUAAUCCAUAAUAAGUUACUGCACUGGGCCUCAUGUUUUGCUGGUCACUUAAAAUUGUCUACAAAUGUAUGUGCUGUUGCACUUUAAUUCUGAAGCUUGUAAGAGGUAGGGGAACUUUUCUUUUGGACUAAAAACCUUAUAAACUAUUUUGAAACAAGACAAUUUUGCCUUAAAAUUGAAAUCAGAAUAACAAUUUCUGGUAAAACCCCUGGGUAGUAUUGUACAAUAUUAAAUACAAUAUUAGUCUUCAGUAUUGGCCAGUAUGUUUUUUUUAAAUGGUCUGGAUAAAUAAAUCACUCUUUUUUUGCAUUUUUAAUUGUGUAGCCAAUAUUUAUUUCAGAAGUAUCCGAGAGCAAUGUCAACGUUUUGACAUUUACGAGCUCUUUGGUCAUUUAGUCUCAGGACAUCCUUCUAGAGUUAAUGAAGACAGCAAGGCGAACAUCACUAUUCAAAUGUUUGCAAAUAAAGUGGUGGCUUUUCAACAUUCCUGUUUGUUGAGUAUGCAAGGGUUAUUGGUUUAAGAAACCUAUCAAAACGAUCAUGUUUCUUGAAGAAUCUCAUGGGUCCUUUUUAAAGUAAGACUUUUUGUUUGAUUGUGGUUUAACCAUGGUACAUUGUAGUGAAACUAUAGGAAACCCCACUAAGACAGAAGCACAAAACAGUCUAUGGUAAAGUACAUUUACCACAGAAAACUUAAUGGAAACAUUUCCUGUUUUCAGUCUUGAGUUCGCUAUGUCUAAAAUCCAGUCCACCAGUUCUUUGAAUGUUGUAUAGGACGUAGUUCCAGUACUAGCUGACUUUUUUAUACCCAAAUCAAAUCCCCAUGUUACGAACCCAUCACUACACUAAAGUUUAUUUUGCUAGGUAUCUUUAUCUUUGUAAAUAAAAAAAUCCCUUUUAUUUACAUUUACUGAUCCAUAAAUGUGAAACAGACAUUUUGCUGACCUUUAUUUUAAAGCAUGUGAAAAUAUACCUUUUAUUUCAGAUUUACACCUAGAUACACAUGUACUACCUCUCAGAUAAGAAUGAUGUUCCUUACAUACCUAUAUAUUUACAUUAUAAUUAAAUGUUUUGCAAAGGUUUGUAACUAUACAAAUAUUUGUAAUGGUACCAGUAUCUUGCUUUUAGUAGGAACUAUGAUCCAACUGCUCUGUGACCUAAGUGCUGCAAAAUAAAGGGGAAACAGAUUAUAGAUUCUUUGCACAUCAACAAUGAGGUGCAUAAUUACAAUGUAAAGUUUUCUGUCUACAAGAAUAAAAACCAGUUUUUCAAAAGAGAGCAUAAAAAAUUGCA